GUGAACGUUUCACGAGUCAACAGCAACGUCUUUCGAGAAGUUCUAGGCGCUGUUUGCGACAUUUUUCCUUCUUUUAUCCGUCAUCCAAUGUUUUAUGUGAUGAAAUAACACGUUGAUUAACGCUUAUUUUCAAUAUUAGUGUUCAUAGUCGUAAUUAAGUAAUCGCUAGAUUACGAUAUAAGCUAAUAUGGGCGACGAAAGCCAUCCUAAAACUCUCUACGUCGGUAAUUUGGACGCGAGUGUUACAGAAGUAUUCAUAUGUACGUUGUUCGGACAAAUAGGCGAAGUAAAAGGUUGUAAGAUAAUCCGCGAGCCCGGCAACGAUCCCUAUGCCUUCCUCGAGUUUACAAGUCACACGGCGGCAGCUACAGCUCUGGCCGCCAUGAACAAGCGAGUGGUCCUCGACAAGGAAAUGAAGGUUAACUGGGCUACGAGUCCUGGCAAUCAGCCGAAGACUGAUACCAGCAACCAUCAUCACAUAUUCGUAGGAGAUUUAUCACCAGAGAUCGAAACGCACAUAUUGAGAGAGGCGUUUGCGCCAUUCGGUGAAAUUUCGAACUGUCGGAUAGUCCGCGACCCACAAACGCUCAAAUCUAAAGGGUACGCUUUCGUUUCUUUCGUUAAGAAGGCUGAUGCAGAGGCCGCUAUUCAGGCAAUGAACGGGCAGUGGUUAGGUUCUCGCUCCAUACGCACUAACUGGUCGACGCGCAAGCCGCCGUCGAAGCCAAAUGAAGGAGCGCCGAGCAGCAAGCGAGCAAAACAGCCGACAUUUGACGAGGUGUACAAUCAGAGCUCCCCGACGAACACGACGGUUUACUGCGGGGGCUUCACUAGCAAUGUUAUCACUGAGGAGUUGAUGCAGAACACAUUCUCACAGUUUGGCCAGAUACAGGACAUACGAGUGUUCAGGGAUAAAGGUUAUGCCUUCAUUAGGUUUACUACUAAAGAAGCGGCAGCGCAUGCCAUUGAAGCAACACAUAACACAGAAAUUAGCGGGCACAUAGUUAAAUGUUUCUGGGGAAAAGAGAAUGGAGGAGGAGACAACCAGAGUACGAACAACGCGACAGCGGCGCCGCCCGCGAUGGGUGCACAAACGCAGUACCCGUACCCCUAUCAACAAGGAAUGGGCUACUGGUACGCUCAGGGCUACCCGGCGUUACAGGGCUACAUGGCGCCUGGCUACUAUCAGCAGUAUGCCACUGCGUAUAGCAACCCGCAAGCCGCUGCGGCAGCGGGCUACCGCAUGAGCAUGCCGGGGUCGGGCGGCGCGGGCGCGGGCGGCUGGGGCGGCGGGCCGGCGCCGCUGAUGUACGCGUCGCCGAUGCCGUCGGCGCAGUACCCGUCGCAGUAGCCGCCGCAGCCGCCGCCGCGCCCAGCGCGCACCCUGUCUCAUACGAUACGAACUCUGCGUCAAUUUUGUAAAACUGUCCCCGGACAGAUAACUUUUGGUUUAGAUUUUAUUUUUGUACAAGUCCGUGCGGUUUUCCGCGGAGACGCUCCGACAGGUCGCAAUCCGUGCUCGCGACUACAUUUGUAUAAAAUUGUUCUUGUUACUGUAUUAUAUGACGGCGAUGUUGUUCACGUCGCGAUUGUAUAUUUCAAAGCAUUGCACACUGUCUACAGGGACCUAACAUCGUCAGUGAGUGCGGGUGGUGUGCCGAAAUAUAUAAGCAAUCGAGUUAUCGUACAUAUCUCGAGAUGUUGACAUUGGCAGAGCAGUCAAACAGUGUACAAAAUGUUGGAAAAUAGCAAUACCGUUCAGCUGACGCAUCAGGUGGUUAGUGAGGGCAGUCCGCGGCCGGGUCCGGCGCCGAGCUCGGCCUCCGGCGCCGGUCGCCGACUCCCCUCGCUGCUGUGACCGACCUUACCCACUAAAUUAACCGAGUGUUGUCCGGCGUCAUCUAGUUUCUAUAGGCACAACUAAAUGACGCUAUGUUCGCAGCACCGUAUAGUUUCGGAUUCACGGCGCAACGGUGUUAGUCGACCUACAUAGAUAGGACAUAACGAAAUAAAUUAUAAAUUUUUAAUGAAAAGUUAUAAAUAUAUAAGGGGGAGUAGUGUCGCGAGUGGCCUCGUGUACAUACGUUGAUAUUUAUUGGCGCCCUGCGCUGGCAGACUGAACUGUUCCCCGGGACUCUCACACGACGCGCCAGACAGUUUUGACCUAUUUAUAUUAAGUUGGGCACAUGUUGUUUUGUUUGACCUGAAUUGUUAUGAUUUAUUGUAUGGAAACACUGGUGAGUCAAUAAAGCUGUGGGUCUGGGACAACGGGUGUUUGAUUUGCCGUUUAGAUAUAAUAUGCGACAUCUGUAUUAUGUUUCUGGGUCCAAAUUUUUUUAUAUGAGUCGACUGCUAGGUCCAUCUGUGAUCGAAUACAGCAACGUUUGGAUAACGUGAAUGAUUAAAAUUUAUUGUAAAUUCAUAAUGAAAAGGUAAAAUUUUGUAAAAGGAUAAAUAAAUAGUUUAAGUUUACAAUUA